AUGAAACUAUUAACUACCGCAGUCGUGCUGUGUAUUGCAAGCAGCGUCGUCGCAGAUGUCGCACACGUUAAGGCCGCCAAAGCGAAGCUUAUCAGUCAUCUGGCGGGCAACGGAAAUUAUCACAAAAGAGGCAUACUCUCUCACGUUCCUCCCUUCAAGUUGGGGCAUGAUAUACCCCUUGUUACUCACUCCGUAGUCAAGCCACUAGUGGUGAAUUACCCACCCACAGCAACCAUUGCAUCAGUCAAAGUGCCCUUAACAAAUCACCUGAUUCCUAGGUAUCCGGUAGGUGUAGGACACAAGGUGACGGGGCUGCCACAUCCACAUUAUGCACUACGGUUUCCUCACACCAAAUAUUACGUGAAACCCGAUCAUCAUUUUCACCAUCACCACCAUCAUGUAGAACCUAAGCCUGUAGUACCUGUGGUGCCGGCCCCAGUAGCUCCGGUGAGCCCCAUCGUGCACACGGCCCCUGUUGCACAUCCUAUCCCCACUGCUGUCCUGCCAGCUCCACCUGCACCGAUUGCUUCACCUCCGCUGGUGUUUCCUAACACACUUAAACCUUUUCUUUCUGCAGCUUCAAUACCUAUUACUCCAGGCGUGAUUCCACGUCCUGUAUUUCCUCUACAACAGCAGUACGUUAUUCGUCCAGGUGCUGCAGUUCAAUCGUCAUACUUUGCCACCUACCCCCGAUAUCCGUUAAUUAACAGUUACCAAGCUCCAUUGUUUCCAGUGCCUGCGAUUUCUACAAUUCCUGAUAUACCUACUGCACCUUCAGUCCAUCAAGAGCAAGGGACGCAAGUGUACGAGCAGCAUGAUUUCCAGCACCAGAUUCAGCAGCACAUCCAACAACAAAUUGAACAAGCCCAAUACGAGCAAAGUUUGCACAAUCAACAUCACCUGCAGCAGGAAUAUGGAGUGGCUCAGGUCAGCCAUGACUACGCCCAACCAAACCCAAACCAAGGUCAAGAUUUUCUACAGCAGGCCCACGAUUUUGUCCAUCAUAGUCAUGACUUAAAUCAGCAAGGUCAUGAUUUGACCCAGCAUGGAUAUGAUUUUUCUCAGCAAGGAUACGAUUUUUCCCAAGGACAUGGUUUUUCCCAGGCAGGUCAUGAUAUCACACAACAAGGACAUGACUUUGAACAAGGCGAAGACCACGGACAGCAUCCCAGACCGGAGUAUGGCGUGCCUCAGCCGGAAGGGCGCAGCACGGACGAUGACACUCAACAGUACCACAACCAUAUCCCUCUGUCUCUUCAACCACCCAUCGACAGACCGUUAGAUCAGUUUCAGUAA